GGAAGUUCUAUUUUGCCUCCAGUAGCCAGCUCGACCACGAAAGCCAAACCGUGUUUUCACCCCAAACCGUUUGUGCUUCAGUGGACGGUAAAAGUGACGGAGACAACUGGUUUGACAGACUUCAAAGAGACAAUAAACAUAACUGAGAAUAGCCAUGGCACUCACCGACGCUGACGUACAGAAACAGAUUAAGCACAUGAUGGCCUUUAUUGAGCAAGAGGCCAAUGAGAAGGUUGAGGAAAUUGAUGCAAAGGCGGAGGAAGAGUUCAACAUUGAGAAAGGUCGUCUGGUGCAGACUCAGCGGCUGAAAAUCAUGGAGUACUAUGAGAAGAAGGAAAAGCAGAUUGAGCAGCAUAAGAAGAUUCAGAGAUCCAACCUGAUGAACCAAGCCAGGCUGAAGGUGCUGAAGGCCCGAGACGACAUGAUCACGGAUCUGUUAAACGAGGCCCGUCAGAGACUUGCAGAGAUUGCUAAGGACCCUGCUAAGUACUCCAGUCUAUUGGAGGGCCUGGUGCUUCAGGGAUUCUACCGACUCCUGGAGCCGAAGGUUACCAUUCGCUGCCGACCGCAGGAUGCUGAACUUGUUCAGGCUGCAGUCAAUAAGAACAUCCCGAUCUACAAAGAGGCGGUGAAGAGCAACAUAACAGUCAAAAUCGAUAAGGAACGUUUUCUUCCAGCUCAGAUCUGUGGAGGAAUCGAGAUGUAUAAUGAGAAUGGGAAGAUCAAGGUUUCCAACACUUUGGAGAGCAGGCUAGAACUCAUUGCACAACAGAUGAUGCCUGAAGUCAGAAUGAAUCUGUUUGGUGCCAACCCCAAUCGCAAGUUCUUGGAUUAACUGUGGAUAUGAAGAGGGCACAGGUGGAACGUUUAUGGUGAUGACAGAGCACACGAGUCUCCAACCACCUGCCAUUACUGAGAUCCAAAGGGAGUGUUUAUAUAGUUCUAAAUACUAAUGGACUAUAUAACAAUUCAGCAAGUGCUCUUACUUUGAAAUGUCCUCUAUUCAUCUUCUCUUAAAAGGACUCAUUAAUGUUCUAAUGACAUUACAGAUGUUUGUCUUCAGUCAUUUCAGUUUGAGUAAACUGAGCAAGCUGCAUAUUUAAACCAAA